CUAAAACGUCUUGCCUUUUGCAUUUUUAAGCAACUUAAAAUUGUUUUUAAUUCUUUUACGUGUUCAACAAGAUAGUUUUUGUGAAUUACACUGUUUUACAAAUAUAAUUGUGUUGUUUAACUAGUGAAGAGUGCAGUUAAUUGGCUUUCGCUUGUGAUUAGAUAAUACAGCAAAAUAAAAACAACAACAAACCAAAAAAAGAGAGCAAACAAAGAGAGAGAACAGAGUGUGCCAGCUGUUUGAAGUCUGUUCUCAGUCGAACUCAUUCGCACACCUAUACACUCACAUUUACACACAUAGACGCCAGCUACGCUCUCACGGCGGCGUCCGUUCGAUUUUGGCAGAGUUGUUCUUCAUUUGACGCAGUUGUUGUUUUGGUUCUCACACUGGCGCGUGCGGGUGAAAACGGAAAUUUUAAUAUUUGGACAAUGUUUAAGUUUUUAUUGACUUUUGGGGCCGGUGUUUAUACCGGCAUUUACGUGUCGCAGAACUAUGAGGUCCCUCGUGUCGACAAUCCCCAAAAAGUGGUGGAACGUAUGAAUGAAAAAUUUCGCGAGCUAGUCGAUGGCAAGAAAAACACGCCAGUCGAUCAAAUUGUUAAGGAUAUCAAGAAGGAAGCCAAGAAGAUAUUGGAUGAUUAAUUGCCAGAUCGGGCUCGAAGGACAAUAUUAUAUUUUAUACUUUAGUUGAUGCUGUGUUUAAACAAAUUUUAUCUAAUGAACAAAUAAAGCAAAAUUAAAUGCAA